ACUUAAGAGCAUCUGAGGGGCAUACUUAGGAUUGCUUCUGCCCAUCAGUACAGGCAGUUCUCUGUCCUGUGAAGAUCUUGCAGCUAUCUGUGCGAGCCCAAGCAAUGAGAGCACCAGCACUCCUCUUAGCCUUGACUCUAUUCUUAGUCAUAGAUGAAGCAAGCCUGGAACUUCAGUACAUGGUGAUAUUCCCUGCUGUCAUUCACCAUUUCCAAGAGGAGAAGCUCUGUAUUCACUUCAGCUCCGUCACUGAGGAUGUCCACCUGGCUGUCACCUUGGAGGUGGAAACCUGGAGUCAAACAGUGGUGGAAAAGGAUGUGGAGAAGCCAGGCAUUUUUGAGUGCAUCAGUUUCAAGGUGUCAAAUUUAAAUUCCUCGGAAACAGUUGCUUCAGCUACACAAUCAGAAGAGGUGUUUUUUCUUCAUGUCCUGAUACACAGCAGUGACAAUGUGCUCUUUGAGGGUUACAAGAAGGUUCUGGUCAUGCCCCAGAAAAGCAUAAUUCUGAUACAGACAGACAAGGCCUUCUACAAACCUGGAGAAACAGUGAAAUUUCGAAUCGUGAACCUUGAUGAUGACCUUAUGGUCAUUAAAAAUGAGUAUCUCCAGAUAUGGUUGCAGGAUCCUGAAAAUAAUCACAUUGCUGAAUGGCUGAAUGUGAAGUCAAGACAUGGCAUUGUGGAUCUAUCCUUCCCCCUGGCCUCUGAAGCAGCCCUUGGGAAAUAUACCAUCUCAGUGCAACAAGGCAUGGCUCAAAAAACAUUCAGUGUUAAUGAAUAUGAGCUGACAAAGUUUGAAUUAAAGUUUGAGCACCCUCCCUUCAUCACAGAGGAUGAGGAAUUUCAGCUGAAGUUAUGUGGCAAGUAUACCUAUGGAAAGCCUGCUCAAGGGAAAAUAGAUAUUACUUUUAUCACAUUUUUACAGUAUAAAAUGAAGGAUUUCUCAAAUUCUACUGAGAUGAGGAAGCAACAGAGCUGGACAGACAAAAAUGGCUGUGCUAAAUUUACAAUAAAGACAAAGGCUCUGGAAUUAGAUGAAUCUGUCAACUCCAUAGUUGUGAUAGGAGAAAUGGAAGAAAUUGGAACAGGAGCACGGGCUAAGAAGUUUUCUCCAAUUUCUAUUGUGACAAGAAUGAAAUCUAUAGAGUUUAUCAAUCUCCAGCCAUUCUACAAACGUGGACUGCCAUACACAGGGCAGAUGUUCUGCCACAGUAAUGACUCUGCCCUCCAAAAUGAAAUGGUCUACCUAACAAUUGAUGUAGAUGAUGAGAAGACAUACCUGUCAUUCCUCACGGAUGAGGAAGGGAAAGUCCACUUCUCAUUGAAUACCACCAGCUGGAACAGCUCACUUGUUUCAUUGAAGGGCACCUUCUACCUUGAAAAUCACACCAUGGACAAUUUUGGGCAGAACUCAGAGAUUGGGGAGAGCUUCUACUGGCUGAAACCUUUCUACUCUGAGAGCAACAGCUUCCUUGAGAUCAAGGCCAGGAAUGAUGUGAUGCCCUGUGAUCAAGAGCAGAAAGUGCAAGUGGACUAUAUCCUUAACCAGAAUAAACUCAGCUCUGGAACAGAUCACAUUGAUUUCUACUAUAUAGUAAGCAAAGAAGACAUCUGAAUCUCAGGGCAAGACCAUACUGCUAUUUUGUCCUUUUCACAAUAACAUGUAGAUACUAUUAGGAAAUGGUAAACUUAUCUGAGGCCAGAAAAAUUGCUUUGUUUCGCCCAGUGCUCUUCAACAUUUUUCAGUGACCUAGACAAUGAAAUUUAGUGCACCCUCAGCAAGUAUGCAGAUAACACCAAGCUAAACAGUGCAAUCAAUACAUUGGAGGGAAGGGAAGCCAUCCAGAGGGACCUGGACAAGCUGAAGAAGUGGGCCCAUGAAAACCUAAUGAGGUU